GAUGGAGCUGCCGUCGAGAGAGGACAUAUGCCGCUUGCUCGCCUGAGGCACAGUGAGGCCACCACUCGCUCCCAGCUCGAGAACAUCGCGCGCGAGGCGGCCAGAAGUUUCUCGUGAAGUGCGCCGCGUCGCUGACAGACUCAUUAGAGUUUGUUAAUAUAUUCAUUGAUUCUUAAUACUGACGUUGAAAAAAAAUAAAUUAGAAAGUACUGGCGACCAACGAACUUGUUUACUACGUCAUGACAGCAAGAGUGCGCAAUAACAGCGCCAUACUCGACCAGUGACUGCACAAAUUGUAAAAGUUCCUUAAAUGUUCUAAUUGAAAUGACGAAGCAGAGUCAACCAUCAGCCAGUGCAGCGUGAGAGGCCCAGCAGGUGAUGGCACGCGGGGCGGCACCCUGCUGAGUACCGCCCUGCUCACCAGUGACUGGGUAAUGCCCGGACCGUCAGACGCCGCGUGCUCCGGUGUCACAGCAGCACAGCACCAGGCGAGGACGAUGGCCUGAGGAGCCCCGCGUGCCCCAGAAAAGUUAACAUACAAUUCUUGGUUUUGCGUUGUGCCGGCGUGAUGGGCUGGCUCAAGGCAGGAGGAGCGGGGCCAGGGGGAGGUGGUGCUGGGAGCGGUCUGAGAGGGACAAGGGCGUGCUGGGUCACCUCUUGGGUCACCAUGGAAGUCAGCCGCACACUGACCGCCCUCUGGAUUCUGUUGGCCGUCACGCAGCUCCCAGGCGCUGCGGAGGGUGAAGCGCGCCAUCUGGCCACGCCCUUCACAUCUUCCAGCAGCGCGUCUUCAUCGUUUCCAGAGGGUAGCAAUGCCGACGCCGUGUACGUGGAUGGGAAGCACACAGGCCGUCAAAUCUCAACACUGCCGUACCUGAGGCCCCAACACACCCCCGUUCCUCACCAGUGGCACGGCGAGACCUACAACCCGCACCACCGCGUCCCCCAGCAACACUCCUCCCACCACCACAACCACAACCACCACCACCACUUCACCCACAACAACCACCACCUCCACCGCUGGGAAAUAGAAGGCGGCAGGCUGGGGGUCGAGGAGGAGGAAGAGGAGGACGCAGAGAGAAUAGAAAAUGGGAAGAAUGUAAAUGGAGAAUGGAUCUCGAACCGCUUCUCCAUAUCCUCCUCCCAUCAACAUCACAAACACCACCGCCAGAAGCAGACGCCGCAGUCCUCCAUGAGGCGGAGAUCAAGCACUUCCGCGGCGCGAGGCGAGGAGGGAGGAUAUGCAUUCAGGGUGGACGAGAAGAGCGGGGUGCGGCGAGUGAUAGCGGUGCGGGAGAUGGCGGGGCGCGGCAGCAGGGCAGCUGGUGACAAUCCAAAUGGCAUGGCCCGCCUACUGGACUUCCCUCAGGAUGACUCCACGGUGGGACCUCCCCCGGGACCGAGUUUCGACCGUAAUUUACCGCGCAACAUCACCAUGCAGGCGGGACAGACGGCGGUGCUCUCCUGUAGGGUGUUCAACGUCAACGAUAAAUCGGUGUCGUGGAUCAGACAGGACAAUCUUCACAUCCUGACGGUGGACAAGUACAAGUACAGCACAGACCAGCGGGUGUCCGUGGUGUUCAAUGAGCCUAAUCUGGAGUGGGUGCUGCGAAUCAAGAGUGUGACGCCGGCAGACGCAGGGACGUACGAGUGUCAGGUGUCUACUAAGCCGAUCCUGAGCUUCGUUGUCAACAUGAAGGUCGUAGACAAAUUACCCACGCCCGCGCCUACACCCACGCCCACGCCCACGCCAGACGCACCCCAGGAAGUGACGGAGGAGCAGAAAGGGGGGAAGGAGGAGGAGGAUACAGCACAGAAGCUUCAGAACACUUCAGUGCCCAGAGCGUGGAUUCUGAAUGCUCCUGAGAUCUACGUGCACCGAGGCUCGCCCAUCAACCUUACUUGUGUGGUGACCCAUGGCACAGAACGGCCUGUCUUCAUCUACUGGUACCAUCACGACAAGGUAAUAGACUACGAAGGUCGAGGGGGAGUGAGAAUACACACGCAGAACGGCAAGGAUACAGUGAGCCACCUACUAGUGAAGAAGGCCGGCCCUGGAGACACGGGGCGCUACACCUGCAGUCCUUCUAACGGGGAGCCUGCGUCGGUGAUGUUGCACGUGCUAAAUGGUGAGCACCAAGCCGCCAUGCAGACCAACAAGGGCACACCGCUGGCAGGUCCUCGGGGCGCGCUAUACCACCUACUGCUGCUCCUCGCCCUGCUAACUGCCCUCCCACACCACUACGUCAUGCGAUUGUAACACACGAACGUCCACCAAGACCAGGACGGAGGUGAGGUGGUGAGGUCAUCUACCUACGCAUCCCCAAGCACUAAGUCACUUUCAAGGAAGCAAAAGCAGUGGUCCGCGCCUUCUGGUAGUCGAACCUAAUGCCGCAGAGUCACAACGCCCAAAAGAGGAAGGAGUAAAGUCACUAAGUCACUUCCACACAAGCCCUGCAGACGCUAGCCCAGGUAAACACGCACCCAAGUCAAUGCCACACAAACUUGGCUGGCAAGGCAUCACUCAGCCAUCCAAAAGCCUCUUUCCGCACUGAAAUCCCCGGUGCCGCCGCCACCCAACCUUGCAGGCACAUGUCAAUAGUGGCGGGACCGGACGAGGACACGGAGAAGAAGGAGAAAGAGAAGUAAUAGAAGAGGAGGAGGAAGAGGAGAUCUCCGUUACUCUCUGUAAAGUUGACGAACGGAAACUUCAAGAGCCAAACAUUGGAAGGAGCAACGUAUGUGUGUGUGUGUGUGUGUGUGUGUGUGUGUGUGUGUGUGUGUGUGUGUGUGUGUGUGUGUGUGUGUGAGAGAGAGAGAGAGAGAGAGAGAGAGAGAGAGAGAGAGA